GACGGCACGGGGUGAGAUGUCUGAGUGGUGAAGGGAUGCGUCACUGGAUUAGUGCCUGAGAAUCUUCCCCAGCCUCUUUUCCUCCUGAGCUGCUGAGACGCCUCCAGAAGGACACGACACUGGCCGCUCGUUUUCCCUCCGCCAAGCCUUUCACAUGAGCCAGCCAAGCCUUGCCUCGGCACCAGGAUGAAGAAGGAAAAGAAAACGCACACUUUGCUGUUGGUCCUCCUGCUUCACUUCUCCUUGGGGCAAUCGGACUAUGCUCCGUAUUUUUAUGAUAAUGGACCCAACAGCACAAAUGGAAAUAUGGCCUUGUUCAGUAUUUCUGAGGAUACACCGGUCGGUACACAGAUAUACACUCUGAAUGGGUCAGAUCCCGAAGGAGAUCCAGUGCGAUACGGCCUCACUUUUGAAAUGGGCUCCACAGAAUAUUUUAGAGCGGACUCCAAAUCGGGAGAAGUGACUCUGAUUCUGGAGCUCGACAGAGAGAAGCAAGCUGAAAUCUCAGUGCUCGUGAGCAUAACAGAUGGGCGCAAUAAAGUCUUUGAGACUGUUAGAGUGUUUGUCACUGAUGCCAACGAUGAACCGCCUGACUUUCAAAACCUGCCUUUCAUCAUCGACAUCCCAGAGGAUACCGCUCCAGGAAGUAGCAUCUACAGGGUCCAAGCAGCAGAUAGAGACAUGGGCUCAGGGGGCAGCGUCUCAUAUUAUUUACAGAGCUCACCGUUUGCCAAGUUCACCAUCGACGGGAGCAGCGGGAUCCUGAGAGUCAAACCUGGAGAGACUCUGGACUACGAGACCACGCCUACUCACUUUGUGACUGUGGUUGCAAAGGAUGGAGGUGGAAAGUACAAGGGGAAGCACCAGGUUUUGACCUCUACAGCCACAGUGACAAUCAAUGUGCUUGACGCCCAAGACAUGCCUCCAUCAUUCAUAGGAAGCCCUUACUUUGGCUACGUCUAUGAAGUCUCAGUCCCUGGUUCUGAAAUAUUCACAGUGUACGCUAAAGAUGGAGAUCAAGGAAACGCUAACCAAAUACAAUAUUCCAUUAUGAAUGGUAGUGAUGGAGCCUUUGACAUUAAUAGCACCAGUGGAUGCAUCACCCUGUCAACCUAUCCAAAUCUGCUGAGAAAUGAAUUGUAUGAAAUUACAGUGAAGGCGUCCGAGGUAGGACCUAACGAUCAGCAGCAGGACUACGACGUUACCAUGGUGACGGUCCGCGUGGUGGAUCUCAACAACCAUCCGCCGACCUUUUACGGACAGGACGGACCGCAGAGCAACUUUGAGGUGACCAUGUACGAGCAUCCUCCUUCAGGGGAGAUCCUGAGAGGCUUUAAGAUCACCGUCAAUGACUCAGAUCAGGGAGCAAACGCUAAAUUUAAACUGAGGCUAGUGGGGCCGAGCCGAGUUUUACGAGUGGUUCCCCAGACCGUCCUCAAUGAAGCACAGGUGACCAUCAUUGUGGAGGACACGUCUGGCAUCGACUAUGAAAAGGGCAGAACACUCUCUUUUAAGCUGCUGGCAGUGGAGAUCGACACUCCGGAGAGGUUCAGUGCCACAGCAGAUAUAGUGAUCCACCUGCUGGACACCAAUGACAACAUCCCCAAAUUUACAUCUGAGUAUUACAUCGCCGGGGUCCCUGAGAACUCCCAUGGGGGCUCCAGUGUUGUGUGUGUAACGGCAAACGAUCCAGAUUCAGGGCCCUGGGGGGAGGUCAGAUACACGAUUUAUGGAUCAGGAUCAGAUUUGUUUGCCAUCAAUCAGUCAUCAGGCCUCAUCUCCACGCAGCCCUGGACCAGCCUGGAUGCAGAGGUUAGGUCGAAAUACAACUUCUACGUCAAGGCUGAAGACUCAGAGGGAAAGUACAGCUUAUCUGAAGUCUUCGUCACCGUCCUCGACAUGAACGACCACUCUCCAGCAUUUGAUGAAAAGCUCCUGGAAAAGACCAUGAUUAUUGGCACCCCUGUCAGAGUGGAGGCAGUGGAUGAAGAUGCAGAGUCCCCGAACAACGUCAUUGAAUACUCCAUCAUGACGGCCGACCCUGACAAUGCGUUUGAUAUUAACGCAGACACUGGAGAGAUCAAGCUGAAGCCUUACAUCAAGACCAUGGAGAUUGUGCAGAACAUCACCGAGCAAAAGGAGUGCAAGUGGUCCCUGGUGGUCCAAGCCAGGGACAGAGGCUCUCCGUCCUUCAGCACAACGGCUGUGGUCAACAUCGACAUCACAGAGGCGACUCCUCUCAAGGGGCCUAUGGCGGUCUUUUUAAUGAAAAGUAGGGACAGUCCCAUGAGAGUCCUUGGCAUGGUCGCCGUUGGCAUUAGCUUAUUGGUAGGGGUGACCGCCUUGAUCUCUGCGGCUAUGUACAUGCGAAACUCAAAGUCAAACAGGAUCAUGCCAGCACGUCGCAUCAUUAAGAGGCGACGCGGGGACCAGCGGCCCUGGAUCUUCAACAUGCCCGUGGUCAAAUUCAGCAAUCCCGCCGAUAAGUUCCUUAUUGACAACCAAGGGAGAAGCCCGUGGCCGAAGCCUCCUCCCCCCAGUGCUCCCCCACCCCCGUGUUUCACGCGGCCACAUGAGAGGCCCCGAGCAGUGCCGACCAUAUCUGGUGUUCUGGCGUCCAAAGGUUCCAAAAAAGCCAAAUCCAAUCGGCGUAAAGAGGGGAAUAUGAGCUCAGCUCUGGUGUCAGAGCUUAAAAAGAAGCUUGAGCAGAAAAUGAUUGAGAACAACCAAGGUUAUUAUUAAGUCUUUCAUACAAACGACUCAAUUUGCUCUUAGUGAAUCUCAUGUGUCCGCGAUUUCACACCUUCAUGUAAUGAUCUGGUAAAGGGGGGGGAUACCUGUAGAUUAAUCAUGAGUGAAUGGGAAAAGGAAGGUUUACAUAUAUUUGAAAUAAGAUGCGUGAUGAGUAAAGCGGGCAUCCUCAGUUGACUUGGCGAGGAGGUUGUUUGGGUUGGUAUGGUAUAAAUUUAAAUAAUUCAACACACUGCUGUCAAUGGGAAGAUAACACAACAAGAAUCGUCAGUUAAAACGAAGAGAGCUUCCUGAAAAGUGUCAUUUAAAAAUAUCCAUCAAACAAAAUGUCGAUAUUGCUCAAUGUGGAGCGUGCAGCUGAAUGAAACAGUCAUGAAAAACAUGCUUCUUAUAAAGUGCUAAAGGACCUGUGUUCAUAUUUUUUACUGUGUUUCAUCAGCCGUUUGAAAGCUGAACGGUUGCUCUUUUGUAUGAUUACAACGUGCCACUGUAGGUUUUCACAGUAACAAAAGAUAAAAGAGUUGCUAUUAUUUAUUCUAACAGGUACUAGUAGAAAAAGGAUUUUAUAUAAAUAACAUGUAUCCAUUUUAAAUGUAUUUAUUUAUACAUGUAUGACGGGAUAUGAACAUUUCCCUGUAGCUUGCAGAUAUGAAAAGGCACAAAGGAAAGCACUAGUCUGAUUCAAGAUAUACAGUAGAUGUUGAAGUAUAUAUAUUUUGAAUUACUUGGUUCCUCUUGUGGUUACUUACUCAUCAACGCCUUCAAAUAUAGGCACCUAAAAUUGAAGUAGGUUCAUUUUCUGUUGCCCAUAUCUUCUGACUGUAUCUUAACUCAUAGCUAUCUGAAAUAAGUUGUAUCUUAACUAUGAAUUGAACUUGCCUGGUCCUUUGAAGUAACAUAUAUUUGUACCCGUCUUUGUACAGUCCUGAUUUUGAAUAAAUAUUUGAAAAUA